UCCUUCCGUCAUGGCAGCGUCCAAGCCGUCGUACACGCUACCCAUCAAAGACCGCCCGCCCAAGACAUGGUUUCAAUUCAUUCAUGGGAUAUUAUCUUUGGCCGUGUUCCUAACAGGAUGUAUCAUUCUUCACGCUGCGCAACUCGCGUUUAUGCUCCCGCUCCGCCUCGUUCCGAGCAGGAGAGCUCGCGAAUUGUAUGAGCGGGGUGUCAGGUACACGAAGGGCGCGUUUGGGUCACUUGCUACGCUUAUGUGCCAGCUCUUUGCACCAACAUCACUGCGAGUAACCUUUGAAACAGAGGGAAUUGGUGCUUUUACUCCGGAGCAGGUUGAACAGAUUGUAGUUCGUGAUGCAUCAGGCAAAGUCGUCGAGCUUCGACUUCCACCAAAGAUGGUCAUCAUAGCCAAUCACCAGAUAUACGCGGACUGGUGGUUUGUUUGGUGUCUGACAUACUUUAUGAACAUACACCAAGGCCUGUUCAUUGUGCUCAAGAAGAGCCUGAAGUGGGUGCCUGUACUUGGCUGGGGGAUGCAAAUAUUCCGCUUCAUUUUCCUUGCCCGUUCGUGGGCAUCCGAUAAACACUAUCUCGUCUCACGACUCGCCAAACUCGGGCGUAAAGCACAACUAGAAGAUACACCCCUUGCUAUUAUUAUUUAUCCAGAAGGCACAGUACCUUCUAAGAACACACGACCAAUUAGCAAGAAAUAUGCAGAUAAAAUGGGUAUUGAAGACAUGACGCAUACACUGUUACCACGCUCGACCGGAUUACAAUAUUCACUCCGUGCGCUUGUGCCGAGGGUGCGGAAUCUCAAACUUCUAGACAUUACGGUUGCUUAUCCAGGUAUCCCGCCUGCAACGGACGGACAAACAUUCUAUACCAUCCGCUCAAUUUUCAUGGACCGUGUCCCUCCACCAAUAGUCCAUAUGCACCUCCGUCUACUGGACGUUGCAUCUGAGGUACCCAUAGGCGACUUAUCUGGGAGCAAUCCUGCCGUAACUCCACCUGUUACCGCUGGCGAAUCACCAUCCAAACCUUCAAGCUAUCCAAUCAGUGAGCAGGCGAACGGACACGUCAAUUUACCAGGUAAGACAACAGUGGAGGCGGACGUAUCCGAGAAAGAGAGAGUAGCAUUUGAUGAAUGGUUACGAGCGCUUUGGAGGGUGAAGGACGCAAAACUUGAAGAAUUCCACCGGUCUGCUCAGAAGACUGGGAAGGCCAAUAAGGAGAGGAAUGACGAUUUUGGGAAGAUGUUCGAGUCGAGGUUACCUGCAGUAGAAAUCCCAGUGCAGGUGAGACAUCCGCAGGAAGUGUUUGAUGCGUUUGGUUACUUUUGGCCCGCUGUACUUGGGUGGGCGUGGCAUAGGGUUCGAGGGUGAAGUGCGAGACUGCGUGAACGAAUUUUUUAGGACUCCUCGCUUGAAUAAAUACGAAUAGACUUGGAGGUGGACGGAUGGAUGGAUGGAUGUGUUCAUCGUACCACAACUCACCUACCUCAUUUUGGCAUCCCUGCAUCUAGUUUUAGUCACUUUUCACGGACCUGCAACUCACAUACCACUUUGUACAGUACUUUGUCCCGAGCUGUUGUCUAUUUACUCUGUCCCUG